CUGUCUGUCAUUCAGUCGGCCAAACCUAAAACCAUCGCAAAUUUUUCAAUAAUAUACAUAUUUAUUGCUCGUUGAUAUAUAAUUUAAAUAUGAAAACUAUUAUAAAAUUCGCAUACUUCUUCAAAAUAUUACAAUUUGUGGUGGGUAUUGAUUAUGAUGGAUGGUUAAACAUUAAAAUUGAACACAAACUAAAUUGUGAAGAAGACUAUUGUACCCGGGGAAACAUUGCUCUUAAGAGCAUUAGGACCGGAACUUCGGUCAUAGAACAAAAACCAUUUACUAAACAACAUAUUGAAGAACUGAAAGAAAUAGCCGAUUAUGAUGGAUUUUAUACCAUUAGAACACUAGUUACUUCUGCUGAAAACAAAGAAACAGAAUUCUUAUCCUCUGUUAAAGCUAGAGCUUUCCUAGAGAGUGGAUUAUCUGAUGUUAUAAAUGCAUGGGUUUUACCCAAUGGUGCAGUCACUGUAGUCAGCUUUCAAGUGGCAAAUAUUUCUCGCACUCUGCAAUAUGAAACCAAUGAACGAUAUGCAGUAAACUCAAAUUUCUAUUUACGUUAUGUGGAUCAAGCCCCUGUGCCUGAUACAACAUCGUACAUACAAAAAUUGGAGCGUGAAAGAGAAGCUAGAGAAAAAGGAGAUUUAAAAGAUAACAGAUCAUUUCUAGCAAAAUAUUGGAUGUACAUCGUUCCUAUUGCAAUCUUUGUGAUGAUAUCAGGAGCAACAAAUCCAGAGCCAGCUGCACAAGCUUCCCGUUAAUAAUAUUUAUUUUAGUCUAUAGUAAUAGAAAGUAAAUGUUAUUAAUUCUAAGUAUGAAA